UCCUUGUUCCAUCCCACAUUCCAUCCAUAGUCGAUGGACACACAAGAGUGGGUUUAUUUUAUUUAAAAUACCUUCGUAUUCAGAUAAUACAGUAAAAAUGUCAAAAUAGUGCGGAUAGUUACAAUUGUUGAGUGUGGAAUUAAUGUUUAAUAAAAGUUGUUCUUAUAUCUAACGUAUAUAGAUCACGUAAAGUAAUUAUACAAUGGGACGUUAUAGAAGCCGCAGCAAAGACAGAGAUAGAAGACGUAGGACACGCAGUCGUUCCAGGAGUCGUUCACCACGAGACCGAAGAAAUUGGGGAGGAGGUCGUGAUCGUGACCGUGAUCGAGGAGGAAACAGUCGAGGGGGACGAAAUCAACCAGGUGCAAAUUUAAAGAAGCCCAAGUGGGAUCUGAGUCGUCUUGAACCAUUUAAGAAAGACUUUUAUAUUCCGAGGGACGUCGUUCAGAACAGAGAUCCUCGUAUUAUUGAACAGUACAGAAGUGAUAAGGAAAUUACUCUACGUGGGCGUAGUAUUCCUAAUCCUGUAUUCUAUUUCGAGGAAGCAGGAUUUCCUGAAUACGUCAUCAAAGAAAUUAAAAAGCAAGGGUUCAAAGAACCAACUUCCAUUCAAGCUCAAGGAUGGCCGAUAGCUUUAAGCGGAAGAGAUAUGGUGGGAAUUGCUUCCACGGGAUCUGGCAAAACAUUAUCAUACGUACUUCCUGCAAUUGUACAUAUUAAUAGUCAGCCGAAACUCUCUCGUAAGGAUGGACCUAUAGCUCUUGUCUUGGCGCCAACACGUGAAUUGGCUCAACAAAUUCAACAAGUUGCAGAAGACUUUGGACGAUCGUCUGCAAUUAGAAACACUUGUUUGUACGGGGGAGCUCCGAAAAAUGCUCAGAUCCGCGAUCUAGAAGGAGGCGUAGAAAUCGUCAUUGCAACUCCAGGUAGACUUUUAGAUUUUCUCGAAUCGGGGAAGACAAAUUUGAAGCGGUGCACUUAUUUAGUCUUGGACGAAGCUGACCGAAUGUUAGACAUGGGUUUCGAACCGCAAAUUAGGAAAAUAAUAGAACAAAUUAGGCCGGACAGACAAACUUUAAUGUGGUCCGCCACUUGGCCGAAGGAAGUGAAGAAUCUAGCUGAGGAUUUUCUAAAGGAUUAUGCUCAGAUUAAUGUUGGUUCUUUGCAGCUGGCGGCCAAUCAUAAUAUUUUACAAAUUAUUGACGUCUGUCAGGAUUAUGAGAAAGAAUCAAAGCUAAAUACUCUUUUAAAAGAAAUUAUGGCUGAAAAGGAAAAUAAAACCAUAGUAUUUAUUGAAACGAAACGUAGGGUUGAUGAAAUUACCAGAAAAAUGAAACGAGAGGGAUGGCCCGCUGUUUGUAUACAUGGCGAUAAGACACAGCAAGAGAGAGAUUGGGUUUUACAAGAUUUCAGGUCCGGUAAAGCACCAAUUCUAGUGGCAACAGAUGUCGCAGCUCGUGGACUUGACGUUGAAGACGUCAAGUUUGUAAUCAACUUCGACUAUCCGUCUUGCUCAGAAGAUUAUGUGCAUCGUAUUGGACGCACUGGUCGUAGGCAGAAAACAGGAACAGCUUACACUUUUUUUACGCCCAAUAAUUCCAAUAAGGCAAACGACCUCAUACAAGUAUUAAAAGAAGCUAAUCAAGUGAUCAAUCCAAAGCUUCUGGAACUCGCCGAUGGUAGGGGUGGCAAUUUUAUUAGACACAGAGGAGGUAAAAAUCGGUGGCGAAUGAAAGGAGGCCGAGGCGACAGAGAGCGCAGUUACUCACGAAGUCGAAGUCGUAGCUAUAGUAGAGAACGAAAUGGAAGAAGUCGGCGAAGUUACAGCAGAAGUUACUCCCACAGUCGCAGUCCUGUUAAUCGCACAGGCAAGUCGUCAGACAGUCCUCGUGGUGAAGGCUCUUCAAUUGAAACCCUCCCUACAAUUCCAAGUCGACCUCCCGUAAUUCCUCAGUUACUGGCAACUCUCAUUCCCAACACCACUCAUCCCCCACCUCCAGUGCCACAGACCAUUAAUAAGCCCCAGAAUAUUCACAUAAACACACAGCCGCCACUGCCACCGACUCUCUCCCCUCCGCCGCCACCUCCUCCUCCAGCCGACAAACCCACGCUGCCUCCAAUGCAGCAGACCUUCUGCCACCUUCCUCCCUUGCCACGUUACUCGCAGCCGGCUCCUCCCUUCCACCAGCAGCCACCGCCACCCUCCCACCCUCCUCCCCCUCCGGUAGGCCUAAGUUCCAGCUCAAUACAGACAAUCUCCCAUUCUAUCAAUAUUUUGGGGUGUGCUCCGGGCCCUCCUCCUCUACCGAGAGUGAAUUCGAUGAACUUGGGUGGACCUUACCGUCAUCUCGGGGGUGGGCCCCCCAUAGGCGGGGGUGGCUACCAGAACGCGUUGCCCACCUCGACGUACUACCAGCCGCCUCCGCCACCCAUCCACCCCAUCAAUGGCAUUCAUCAUUAGCAGCGCUUCUCCUGCACUGCCAUGUGCUCUUAAGAGUUUAUUGGCAAAAGCUACUGGAGCAGUGAAAGAUGAUCAUCAUCUAUUGGGCGGUGAAAGUAUUGUGAAAAAUAACCACAAUACAAAAUGAUAACAUCGAUAACAUUUUUAUACGUAUAAAAUGUUAUUCGUAAAACAAUUGUAAAAACAUAAAUAUUGUAAUUUUUCAUUAAAAUUUACAUAUGCCAUGACGUAAAAUCUGGGAUUUUUCAAAUAAUUUGUACAUUAAAAAUAGCUUCACUAUAUAUAUUAAAAUAGUUUUAAUAGGAAGCUCUUCAAUAAUUGAAUAUUUUAAUUCAUCGAUUACAUUGUAAUAUUCAUUCCUUUUUUUUAUACGUAGGUACAGAAAAUACUUUCUGUAUUUUUGAAAGUAGAAACCAUUAUUGUACAGUAUUUAAGAAUAAUAAGAAUAAUUUAGGAAUAAUUAAAUUACAUGACAACCAUUUUUUUUAUUUAUUAGUUUAAAUUGUCUCAAAUGAGUGACUAAUAUUUUCUUCAUUCUCCAUUUACGAAUACUUUGUGAUUAAACUAUGUGAGUAAUAUGACAAAUUUUCAUUUUUUGACGCGUCUUUCAUUGUAAUAAAAUAAUUUUAAAUUAAAAA